GUUCAACGCACCGUGAUUCGGUUCACCAUGGGUCUAUUAGGAAUUGUGUUGCUGUCCAAAUUGCUCUCACAAUUUCCCGCGGACCGAAUGCUCACGAAAGAAUUUCAGAAUGACUGGAGUAUUCUGUCUCGGUUCAUGUUUAUGGCUGUCUUCUCACAAAUCACAUUGUUCCGAUACGUGGCCAUCUGGUUGAUUGGAGAAGGCGCUUGCGUAAUGUUGGGCUUGGGAUGCACGGGUUUUGUUCAUGUUCGUCCAAUCGAUCAAAGAAAUGUUGCACAACGCUGGUCCAAGGGUCACGAGCCAGUCGAUAUGCGAACCAAAUCCGCUCUGGAUAGACGUGACUCUGCGAUCGAUUGGACUCAAGCGUCCGGGGAUCUGAAGGCAUUGACGGGAGAAUAUGAUCCGACCAAGGUGGAGAUUUACGAGGCAGAUCACACAGCUUGUGCAAACAUAUCGCUUGCCAACCUCUUACUUGCCACCAAUACAGACAACUUGGUAGCUGGAUUCAAUAUCAACACAAACAAAUGGAUGUUGGAGUAUGUCUAUAAACGACUGCGAUUUCUCGGGAACAAGUAUUUGUCGCAGUUCAUCACAUUAUUUUUUCUCGCACUUUGGCACGGGACAUACAGUGGCUACUAUAUCAAUUUCGGACUAGAAUUUAUCACAAUCGCUGCGGAAAAAGAUUUCCUUCGGAUUGUCAAACGCUCUAUCUACGGGCCGUUUUUGUACACGACUACACUGGGUUUUUGUCUUACCUCGGUGUUAGGCAAAUUACACAUUGUGUUCCUCUUGACAACACCGUUGGUAGCGUUCUAUCUACUCCAAUUCCGAUUAUGGUAUCCGUCGGCUGGCCUAGGCACCGCACUUAUUUUUGCCAGUCCAUACGGAUUUGUGUGCCUGACAGCAACGGGAUUGGGUCAAUAG